AGUAAUGAGCGCACGAGUGGGCAUAGAUCAGCACCUGUUCACGUUUACAAUCCAUCAUUUGGGAUUAGAAAUAUUAACGGUGAAACUGAAAAUAUUGAAGGUGGAAUUUUCUCUGGAUUGUUCAUAUCAAAUAGAAGCAAUCAGGAAAAGGCCGAGUCUGAAACACAUGACUUCAUUUCUAAGUUAUCUAAUGAGAAUGAUGAUUCGGAAUACAGACUCAGUGAUGUUGAGGAUCCUUCACCAUUGCUGAUAUCUUCACAGUUCACGCGUUUUGAUGAAUCCUACGCAAAAAUGAAAGAGACUCAAAGUGGAUUCUAUCAUCUGAAAUCUGAAGAAUGGAAAGAAUUACGCUGUGAAGUCAGAAAGUUACUAGAGGUUGACGAAACCUUUGUUAAGUCAGUAAUGCGAUUUGCCGAU